AUUAUUGAAAACUUAUCGAAAAUAAUUGAAAAAAUACAAAAUAAGAUAUGAAUGAUAUUACAUUUACAGGCUAGAUUGCAUCAUUCUUAUUCUUUCUAGUACAAUGGCUGACAUACAGACGUCGGAAUUUAAAAUUCCACGUGUUCCUGAAGUAAUUGAUUUUGCAAAAGAGGAAGAGAAGAUUUUAAAGUUUUGGGAAGACAAUGAAGUAUUUAAAACAUGUUUAAAACAAUCGAAAGGUAAACCAAGAUUUUCCUUUUACGAUGGACCCCCAUUUGCCACUGGAUUACCCCAUUAUGGUCACAUAUUAGCCGGUACAAUUAAGGAUGUUGUUACACGAUAUGCUCAUCAACAAGGUUUUCAUGUUGAACGCCGAUUUGGAUGGGAUUGCCAUGGAUUACCGGUUGAAUUUGAAAUUGACAAAACCUUAGGUAUUAAAGGACCUGAAGAUGUUAUGAAAAUGGGAAUUGAUAAAUAUAAUUAUGAAUGUCGAAGUAUUGUUAUGAGAUAUGCAGAUGAUUGGGAAAAAAUUAUUGGCCGGAUGGGACGUUGGAUUGAUUUUAAAAAUGAUUACAAAACGUUAUAUCCUUGGUAUAUGGAAUCAAUAUGGUGGGUUUUUAAGGAACUUUACAAUAAAGGAUUAGUUUAUCAAGGUGUAAAGGUGAUGCCAUUCUCUACUGCAUGUAACACACCAUUAUCAAAUUUUGAAUCGGGACAAAAUUAUAAAGAUACCGUAGAUCCAGCAGUUGUUAUAGCUUUUCCAAAAAUUGAUAAUCCAAAUGAAAGUUUUUUGGCUUGGACAACAACUCCAUGGACAUUACCAAGUAAUUUAGCACUUUGUGUGAAUCCUGCGUUAACGUAUGUGAAAGUUAAAGAUCUCGACUCGAAUCGAAUAUUUAUUUUAUUAGAAAAACGUUUAGAGGUAUUGUAUAAACAACCAGAACAGUAUGAGAUUCUUGAAAGUUUUCCAGGUAUUCAACUAAAAGAUGUGCGAUAUAAACCACUUUUCCCAUAUUUUGAACAUAGAGCGAAAACUGGUGCUUUUCGAGUGCUUAUUGAUGAUUAUGUUUCCGAAGAAUCAGGUACUGGAAUUGUACAUCAAGCACCGUAUUUUGGUGAGGACGAUUAUCGUGUUAAUUUAGCUAAUGGAAUUAUAUCUCGAGAUGAAGAACCGUUAUGUCCUGUGGAUGAAAGUGGUUGUUUCACUUUACCCGUAAAAGAUUUUCUUGGUUUGUAUGUCAAGGAUGCUGAUAAGAAAAUCAUUGAAUAUUUAAAAAACACAGGCCGAUUAAUUCAACAUUCGCAAACUAAGCAUAGUUAUCCAUUUUGUUGGCGUUCCGAUACACCGCUAAUAUACAAAGCGGUACCAUCAUGGUUUAUCCGUGUUGAACACAUGCAGGAAGCACUUUUAAAAUCAAGCUCACAAACAUAUUGGGUUCCUGAAGUUGUAAAAGAUAAACGUUUCGGUAAUUGGUUACGAGAAGCUAGAGAUUGGGCUGUUAGUCGAAAUCGUUAUUGGGGUACACCAAUACCUUUAUGGAUAUCUGAUGAUCGUGAAGAAAUCGUUUGUGUGGGAAGUAUUGAAGAAUUGAAUCGACUUACUGGUGGUAAUGCUACGGAUUUACAUCGUGAAAAUAUUGAUCAUUUAGUAAUACCUUCGCGUCGUCCAAAUCAUCCACCUUUGAAACGUGUUUCAGAGGUCUUUGAUUGUUGGUUUGAAUCAGGUUCUAUGCCAUAUGCUCAACAACAUUAUCCAUUCGAACAUCAAAAAGAAUUCGAAGAUUGUUUUCCCGCUCAUUUUAUUGCUGAAGGUAUUGAUCAAACUCGUGGUUGGUUUUAUACGUUAUUAGUUAUAUCCACAGCUUUAUUCAAUAAACCUCCAUUUAAAAAUUUAAUUGCAAAUGGUUUAGUACUAGCAUCCGAUGGACAAAAGAUGUCGAAACGAAAGAAAAAUUAUCCAAAUCCAGUUUCUGUUGUUGAAAAAUAUGGUGCGGACGCCUUACGAUUAUAUUUAAUUAAUUCACCAGUUGUUCGUGCAGAAAAUUUACGUUUUAAAGAAGAAGGUGUCCGAGAUAUUAUCAAAGAUGUCUUCUUACCAUGGUUUAACGCAUUUAGAUUUCUGAUGCAAAAUAUUGAAAGCUAUGUACAAAAUACUGGAAAAGUUUGUACGUUCCAGGAACAGUUAGAUCAUACCAAAUUAAGUGAUAAUAAAAUGGAUCGUUGGAUUCUGUCUUAUACUCAAUCGUUAUUAGCAUUUGUUAAAAAAGAAAUGGCAGCUUAUCAUUUAUACACAGUUGUGCCACGUUUAACCAAAUUCAUUGAUAAUCUUACAAAUUGGUACGUUCGAAUGAAUCGUAAACGAUUAAAAGGUGACGGAGGUAACGAUGAUUGUAAACAUGCUCUCAAUACGUUAUUUAAUGUACUUUUAAUUAUGGUGAAAAUAAUGGCACCAUUUGCACCAUUUUUAUCGGAAUUAAUUUAUCAAUAUUUAUUCCAAAUUACUGAUAAAUACACAGGUCAAGAUACAAAAGGUAGUGUUCAUUAUCUAAUGUUUCCAAAUGUUAAUAAAUAUUUGAUCGAUGAAACAAUUGAACGUAGUAUUGCACGAAUGCAAAUUGUUAUUGAAUUGGGUCGUGUGUUACGGGAUCGUAAGACAAUUCCAAUCAAAUAUCCAUUACCGGAAUUAGUUGUUAUUCAUCGAAGUACUGAAUUUUUAAAUGAUAUCAAAUCACUAGAACCAUACAUUUUAUCUGAAUUAAAUGUUAAAAAAUUAACAUUAAGUUCGGAUAAAGAAAAAUAUGGUAUUAAAUUACGUGCAGAACCAGAUCAUAAAACGUUAGGUUUACGUUUAAAAUUACAUUUUAAGGCCGUUACACAAGCUAUUAAAGAAUUAACUGAUACACAAGUUGAAGAAUUUAUUAAAAAUAAAUCAAUGGAUAUCACUGGACAUAAAGUUGAUUUAGAGGAAAUUCGUAUUAUCUUAGAAACCUCUGGUGGUGGUAAUAAUAAAUACGAGGCAAACAGUGAUAAUGAUACGGUGAUUUUAUUAGAUGUUACACCGGAUCAAUCCAUGUUGGAUGAAGGUAUUGCACGAGAAAUUAUCAAUCGUGUACAAAAAUUACGUAAAAAAGCUCAUUUAGUUCCAACAGAUGAUAUUGAUGUUUAUUAUGAAACAUCCGGUGAACUUUUACGUAUUUCUAAAUCGCAUACAGAAUUUAUUGAAAGUACAAUUAAAGCUUCAUUUAAGCAGUUGAAUGAUAAUACUAGCAAAUCAAAUCCUAUUAUUGAAGAAUCACAAUUAUGUAAAGGUGAAAAUUUAAAACUUGUUAUAGUUCAACCACUCACCGAAAUUUCUUUACCUGUAUUGAAAUGGGUGAAUGUUGCAUUGAUAAAUUUGAAACCACGCUUUGGUAAUUCCGAUCGGGGUACAUUACUAUUAGAAACUUUCGAUGGUAAAUUUAUAACAUUAGUAGAAUUACGUAAUAAUAUAUCAAAUUUAUUUGGUAUUUAUAAACAAAAUUAUAAUUUAUGGUUGAAUAACAAAGAAGUAACUACUGAUAACGAUUUGAAAAAGGCGUCUGGACAAACAAUUUAUGUUUGUCCAAUUACAGAUAAUCAAAUUAAAUCGAAUGUUUCCAGUCCAACGCCGUUUAGCAACUUUGUUAAUGUUAAAUUUAAUAAUCGAAAUGGUACUGUUUUAAUUGAGAAUGGAUUGUCUGUAGGUAGCUUAUCGGCAUAUCUUCAGCAAUUGUUCAAUAUUCCUGCUGGUUCAGUAUCACUUUCAAAGUUACCAAAAAGUGGGGAAACUUUAAACCUUUGAAAAUGAUCAUUAAUAAUUCAACUGAAUGUAUUUGAAUUGAA